CGACGACUACCUUCGCAGGAGAUCUCGAGCCCGCAAACGGGCGCCGCUUUUGAUACAAUACGAAAUAAUCGGUGAUUCACCUUGACAAUGGCCUGAAAAGCUUACGCACGAGGUCACAGUGCGGCAGCAUGUCUUUUCAACAAUGACCUCUAGCGCAUUCACGACCCAGCUGGGCCGCCGGUUCUGGGGCUCGAUCCGCGAUUCCGUCAACGUCCUCGCCGCGAGACUCCCGACCCGCCGGCCGCUGCCGGACCAGCCAUCAGCAGCGCAGCCCUUCUUUUUCAACACAUCACGCGGCCGGGGCAAUCGGUUUUCACAUUCCGGCCGAUCCUUCUUCCAGCACCCUUCCCCCAGGAUAUCGCCCCAAAACGUCCGCAGAAGCUGCACCUCGGGCGGCCUCCUACUCUUGGGACUGGGAUCUAGCCCGUCCUCGACAAGCGCGGUUGUGGCAACAUGUACGGCGGCGGCGGAUUCGGCCCUUGCCAGGGGCGCGGGGCAGAGGGCAACACUCAGCCACCUCGCCCGGCAGAUAUGGCUCCAGAGCCGGCAAGCCAGGCACGGCCCAGGGCACGUUGUCGCGCCUGGGAGGAGAGCCAGCAGCUCCAAGACGAGCGCCCACGGCGACAAGAAAGCGGAGUCUCCUCCCGAAAAACAACCUGAGCCACCACAGCAACCACCCGCUAAACCACCCGCUAAAGCACCGGGGGCCGAGCCCUCCGAACAGGAAACCCUGGCCGACUCAAUGUCCAAAUACUUGCACCUCCCGAAAAUGCCACACAGGCCGACAAAGGAAGAGCUUCUGGCAGCCGCUAGCGGAUUCGGCCAACGCCUGAAAGUCCGGUUCAAGUGGUUUUCAAUCAGGAGCAUGCGGCCGUGGAAUGCCGACGAAUGGGGCGCUUUCCUCUCCUGGUUCCUCUUCGGGCACAUUGUGUGGAUUUUGGUCGGGACCACAACUUUUUUCUCCAUCGUCAUUCUCACCAUCAAUACGGUGUUUGCGCAAGAAACUCUUGCCAAGUGGGUCGGCGACUACCUAACCCAAUCGGCCGGCUUGACGGUCGUGUUUGAAUCGGCGAUCGUUCCAAAGUGGAAAGACAACGUCAUCACGUUCCGUAAUGUCUUCGUCUCUCGACGGCCUGGUCAGGUGAAGUCCACGGUGACAAAGGGGUCCUCUAACGCUGCGGCGGAAGCAGCUGCCGCAAGGAAGGCAGGCCAAGAGGCGGCCACCGAGGAGGACGACGACGGCAAUUACACGCAGUUUGAUCUCACCAUUGACACGGUCAACGUUACGUUAUCGUUUAUCAAGUGGUGGAACGGCAAGGGUCUCCUGAAGAAUGUCGAGGUCAAGGGUGUCAGAGGCGUGGUGGACAGGACAUCGGUCAAAUGGAGCCCGGAGCCCGUGGAUCCGCUCUCAUACCGGCACGAGCAUAACCCCGGUGAUUUCGAACUGGACUACUUCAAGCUGGAAGACCUGUUGGUGACCGUUUACCAACCAGGCGGUUUCCGCCCAUUCUCCGUCUCCAUUUUCUCCUGCGAGCUCCCACAGCUGCGGAAGCAAUGGCUCUUCUAUGACUUCCUGUCCGCCUCGCAUAUGUCGGGUUCUUUCGACGGCUCCCUGUUCACUAUCCACCCUCGACAGAUACACGGCAUCUCCUCCGCUGGUGACCGGCGACAGGAUGAGUUCGGCGACCCCUCUGUCUGGAAGAAGUUCUCCCGCUUACGCAUCGACGGGCUCAAGAUCGACCACCUGAACCGCGGCGUGGAGGGGCCGUUCGGCUGGAUCUACGAAGGCAACGUCGAUCUUGUUGCCGAUAUCAUGUUCCCCACCGAUCCCGCAGAGGGCAUCGGCAAGGUCGUAGCUGAGUUCUACGACAAGAUGGAAGAAGCUGUAACCAGUAACCGCUACCUCAAGAUCCUCGAGGCCACGGGCAACCGCAGCCGCAGUUCCGAACCAGAUGUCGCCGACGACUCGAGCUCAGAUGUCAUCUUUGAUGGCAGCCAACGCAGUCAUGAGGACGAUAUCUCUCCCUCCUCUCCCCUUGAAGAAGCCCUCUCCUCCACUGCUACGGCCAGCCCCCAAGUUGACGAAAAAGAGAACCCCUCUUAUCUAGUCAUGGACCUCCGCAUCCACCUCAACGAUGUGCGCGCCGCCGUCCCGCUCUUCAACAACCCGCACAUCAGCUACGUCAACCAGGCGCUGGUGCGGCCCAUUGUGGCCUACAUCAACGCCAAGCACACCUACAUCCCCGUCAACUGCCGCAUCGUCAAGCGCCUCACCGACUUUGACGGCUCGUGGACCGUCUGGGACUGCGGCCUCAUGGACGACACCAGCGCCGAGGUGUACGCUGCCUUUGCCCGCAGCGUCGAGGACCAGCAGAGCCGCGUGCGCAGGUUCAAGAGGGUCGGGCUGUGGACCAUCAGCCUCGUCGUGCACGCGCUGUUGGCGGGGGUGGCGGGCGAUCUGAUGUGAGGGUGUGUUUUUUUUUUCUGGACACUUCUGCGCCGCCUUGAUUCGGUGGUUUUUCCAAGAUCAUGGGUGUUCUCCCGUGAUCCUCGAGUAUUGUGUGAUAUAUAUGUUGAGUGUAGUCUGACGUAUACUAAGAUCGGAGGGGCGGCUUUCAUACACAAAAAGGAAAAAGCGGGGGGGUUGGUUCUGGUGGGUUGUGAUGGCGAUUUCAUUUGGUUGCAUGGAAAGAGCAAAACGGCGUUGCGGUUUGAUGCCUUCUGUUAAUUCAUGACGUUCUUGGUGCGAGAAGGAGGCCACUCCCUACUACCUACGAAACCGAUUUGUGCUGAAUACUAUCAUGAGAUAGUGUCACGGGAUAGACACCAUCGCGGAAUAGGCGACAGGUCUGAUACUCGUUGUUGUACAUAUAAACAUACUCCCAGGCAG